AUGGCCUCCAAAUCAAAUUACCCCUGUGAAUAUGGUCUUUAUGAUGACAGUGGGAACUUGGAAGAGGCAAAAGUUUCCGCCAGGACGCAGGAAAUGAAGAUAAGUGAGACGGAGAAAGGAACCCGACAGAUGGGCGGAGAUUGCCCAGAAUCCCUGGCAAAUAGAAAUGUCUUGCUAGUGGGACACGACAUCAUUGUCGAGGUGUUUGGCAGUGAUCGCGUGCUAUUGGAAGCUCGCUUGACGAAGCGGAGCCAUGAUUGUCCAGACGGAAUGGUCCAAAUUGGUUCCAACAAGUGUGCCAUGUUGACCACAUUGAGUGGGGAGACAAACGUUACAGAGGAACAGGAAGGGUGUGCCCACCCUCAACUCAAGCUCUCGCCCUUGGUCAUUGGGAAUGAGAAGGAAUGGAAAGACACCUUAAACCUUCUUGUCAACAGCCAUGAAUUGAAUCAACAAUCGGGGAUUAUCCUCCCCAGGCAAGCUCAUCGUUAUCGAAGCCUCCCUAUCCAGCUUACUUUGUCUUCCAAACUGGCGGAACGCCUACCCGAUCAACAGAUUUCCAAUAUAUCAGAUCCAACUACCUUGGAUCAUCCUUCCGCCCACGUGGUCGGUUGUUUGCUUCUAACCGAAAAGGCCACCCCUCGAAGAGCCCCGAUGCAAACCACAACCUCCGAUGAAGGCCGCGAAGAUCCAACACAAGCGGGGAACUCGUUUGCCUCGCUGCCUCAAUUUCUCUUUCUCAGUCGAGCCCAAUGUCGUCAAAGAAUCUGGGAUUCUCGUGAACGCACCAAGCUCAUCUCACCGGGAUUUACGUUGUGCUCUACUUUCCACCCAUCUUCGCCCACUCUCUCAGUGACUGAUGAUGAAACUCCCCAAUGUGAUAAAGAUCUUUUGGUUGAACCGGGACACGUGGUUCAGGUUACUUCACCACAUUUUCCAAAGCAAUACCCUGCCUUUACCCAUUGCACAUACAGACUUAAAUCCAAUAAUGGGUAA